AUGAUCUCCAAACAAAUCCAGCUCCUCACUGCGCUCGUCGCUAUAGCACCCAGUGUGCUCGCAGACUGCACCUUAUCACUCCAAUUUACCCUAACCCAGAACCCUGUCGUCGGAGGCGACAACGCUUACACUUGCGGCGCAACUCUAGACUAUGGCGAUGGCCGGAAGGAUACUCUAGACACAGAAUGUAGCCAUGUUGCCAAAGAUCACUGCUACAACUCUCAGCUUCCGUGGAGGAUUUGUGUCACAACCAACUGGGACUUAUCUGACGGAUAUGUUGACUAUGCCGCUGAGCACCGCGACUUCAACGAGGAUGGAUGCACAAAGGAUAACUGGGCUACUAUUUCAGGGCAGGGUGCUACAACUAAGUGUACUUUCCCCUGUUAG